AUGGCUAGAAGUAAUUACUAUGAUGAAACCAUUUUAUCUACAACCACGAAACUAGAGGGGCAACCCAAACAUGGCUGUUUCUUCAAUAAGGAUAGUUUAUUAUUGAGAACAUAUGGAUGGUUAGUUCAAAAUGCCAUUGGUAUUAUAAUAUUAAUACAUGGGCUAAAUUCACACGCAAGACUAACAUUUUUAAGACAUAAUGUUGAAAUAGUGAAUAAUGAUAAGGCUAUAUUAAAAGAUGAAAACAAUUAUUAUAUUUACGAAAAUAGUUGGAUAGAGCAUUUUAAUAAUAAUGGUUAUUCGGUAUACGCUUUAGAUUUGCAGGGGCAUGGACUGUCGGAUGGAUGGGAAAACUUAAGUCUUAACAUUAACGAUUUUGAUGAUUUAGUGUAUGAUGUAAUACAAUAUAUUAAGCAAAUUAAUGAUGAAAUGAACUUAGAAGAUGAAGAAGAUCAUUCUAUAGCAACGUUUGAUGGCAGUGAUUAUGACGAAAGUAAAGUUGAUGAUGAGAUUGGAUGUAAGAAUGGUGAGUGCAACCAUGAUGCGUGUAGUAAUGAUGCGUGUAGUAAUGAUGCGUGUAGUAAUGAUGUGUGUAGUAAUGAUGAGUGCAGUAAUGACAAGUGCAGUAAUGACGAGCGCAGUAAUGACAAGUGCAGUAAUGACGAGCGCAAUAAUGAUAAAUACAAUGAGAGUAAUUCAGGGAACAAUACUGAAUGUAUUUAUGGCAAUAAGUGUAACAACGAUAUCAAAUGUAAUAAUAAUAAUGAACAUGACAGUAGUGAAUAUACCAACAAUGAACAUAAUAUAAAUGGUGAGUGUAAAAAUAAGAAGAGAGAUCCACUUCCAAUAUACCUACUUGGUCAAUCAAUGGGAGGAAAUAUUGUUUUAAGAACAUUAGAGAUAUUAGGAAAGUCACAAAAAGAUGGGAAAGAAAAAUUAAAUAUUAAAGGGUGUAUCUCAUUAUCUAGUAUGAUUUGUUUUCAGAAAAUAGCUUCACCGCGUUCAUAUAAGUAUAAAUAUUUUUAUUUGCCUUUUACAAGAUUAAUUAGUGGUUUUUUUCCAACGUCAAGACUGGUUACAAAAAUGGGUUUUAAGAAAUAUCCUUAUCUUAAUGAUCUUGCUAAUUAUGAUAAAAUUCGGUGCAAAAAUGGGAUAACUUUAAGAUAUUGGCAUGAACUAUUAAAAGCAACCAGUAACUUAGAGCAUGAUAUGGAACUUAUUCCAAAAGAUAUUCCUAUAUUACUAAUUCAUUCAAAAGAUGAUAUUUUUUGCUAUUACAAAGGAGUAUUAUCGUUUUUUAAUAGAUUAAUUAAUGAUAAUAAAGAACUUCUUACAUUAGAAGACAUGGAGCACGGAUUGACGAUAGAGCCUGGGAACGAAAAGGUUUUAGAAAAAGUGAUGGAUUGGAUUACCAAUUUAAGCGCAAAAGAAGAAAAAGAAGAAACUCACAGAAUAUAA